AUGGUCAUCUCGGCAGUCAGACAGGCAGGGGCAGAUGGGCUGGACUUCAUCACCACGGAUGGUGCCAUCAUCGAUGCAGUAUACAUUGCGAGCGAGCUGCACGGAAUCCGACUCCUUCGCCGUUACCGCGACAUAUCGUCAUCGUCAUACGUCGGACGAGAUGAUACUGUUUUCAAGAACAUGAUUGCUGGGGACAUGACCGCGGCCUUGAUUGGAAGCAAUCCCCGUAUGCUUCACAAGGAGCAAGAGGUCCGCAGACAGGUUGCUGAGCAUUUGGACAGGCCUUCAUCAGAGCUGUAA